GGAACCUGUACUGGUGAGUGGACGUGUACUGUGACCUCAACAAUUCCUGUGUAUCAGCUGACCCCGGAUACAAGAAGACAUGGAACGUGUAGUGGAGCUGUCAAGCAACGGCGGUUUCUCCAUUGCUGGCCUUUCGACAACCCCCCGCAAACGGCAGGUGCGCUUCUCUGCUCGCCAUGACAUCUUGCUGCUGCGGGAAGUCAUCGCGCAGAACCCUUUCUCCUCCAAGGAGCCCGGCCGAAUCUGGGCCAGAGUCGGCGAGAUCAUCACCGCUGCUCUGCAGGACGAGAGCUUCGAGGUGGAUGCCAGGCGAUGCCGCGAGAGGACCAUGCUGCUGUUGGACUACUACAAGAAGCAGGACUUUGCCAGCCUCCGCAGGUUUGGGACAGAAAGGCUCUACGCUCAGAAAGAAGAUCUACUACAUGAAGUUCUGGAAUUGGAGGCUGAGAAAGGGCUUAUGGGAAGUGGUGAGAACAAAUACCAGGAUGAGGAGCUGAGGAAGAGAGCACUAGAGGAGCUGGUGCUGCCAGAGCCGGACAAAAUCAGUGUGAUUCCCACCCAGAUAGUGCCUCCUGCAGGCGAGGAGACACAGAGCUCAGUGCCCCCAACUCCAGAACCAGAGGAGCAGGAAGAGCUGGUGGAAAUGGCUGCACCAACAGCCAAACGGGCGUGCCAGUGCUGCUGCCAAACCUACUCCGAAAUCCUCAGUUUCCUGGAGAAGCGAUCAGAGGCGGAGCAGCGUCUACGGGAGGACGAGAUGGCCCUGCGGCGCGAGGAGCUGGAAAUCCAGAGGAGCAAGAUCGCCUUGGAGAGGGAGAGACUGGGGGCUGAGAGGAAGGAGCGGGAGCGACGUUUUGAGCUGGAGAGUCAGGAGAGGCAGGUCAUCCUGGACCUGCUCAAAGAGAAGGUGCUGAAGUGUUGAGGGCGACGAGCAGGAGUAACAGAAAAGAAGACACGGCUUGUUUACAGUUCUCAAGUGUGUCUCCAAACCUCCGAGACCUAUGGGCAAAACAUUGGUGGGUUGGAGGUUUUCUCAGGAGACCAGGUGUUUCAGGUGAAGUAAGCUCACUUGAAAUGGGAUGUUCUUGUGAACAUAGUGACUGGCCUGGAGCUGCUGUGUAGCUCCCAUCAAGUCAAGCAAGCAUAGUGAUGAAACAGGAUAAAGGAACCCCCACCUGGACAAAUUAUUUUGUGCAUUGUUCAGUUCCAUUUUUGCCUUCUGCAGCCUGUGAAAAAUUAUCCAUCUGUAUGAUGUAUUGAUGUCAUACAACAUACUGCAUGUCCUAUUGGGAUCGGUUUCAAGCACUUCAGCACUUAAGACUUUGUAUUUAUUGAGGGUAUCCUGGAAAGGGAUCUAUUUGUAAAUUACAGAUCCAGUUGCUUGUAGAAAUGUACAUUUAAAUAAGUGCCAUAUUUUGCCUAUUUCAGCUUUGUAUUAUACGUACAUGUGAAUGGUGUCUUUAACAAGCCUGUAUCCAAUUGAAUAUUUUGAGUGUACUUUUACUGACAAAUAACUUUUUUUUCUUGUGUAACUAAAGCACUGUUUUUUCUGAGAAAGUAUAUUUCAUUUGUAAUUUAAAUAAAUAUAUAUUUGAAAAUA